GUCAUAAGCAACAUAGGCGGGAACAGAAGAGAGAGAGACGCAGCCGGAGAUGAAAGCCACCGGCCUCCGCCGUCCGAAGGACUCUAUCCGCCCACCGCCACCACCACCUCCCUCCGUCGACCACCACCGCCAAUUCAGCCGCGACUCUGACGCUAGUUUUGCCGGCAGCCGCCCUUCCUCCCUUGGAAUCAGCCGCUCCUCCGCCGGCGAUGCCCUCACCGACCGGUCCUACCAACUCUCCGCCAUCCGCACCAUCAACUCCUUUCUCGCGUCCCAUUCCUCUCCUCUCUCCCUCAAACCCCCUCUCCCCUCCGCCAAAGACAUCUCCGAAACCCUAAAAUUCCUCAUCUCCCAACUCGAUUUCCCCACAACCAAACUUGAAGACGAUCUUCCUAUCCUCCUCAAGCACCUCAAUUGCCCGAUCAAGCUCAACAAGUCCGCUCUCAAAGCCCCCGGAACCCCACAUGCUUGGCCUUCCCUUUUAGGCGUAAUGCAUUGGUUGGUCCAGAUCGCAUUGUAUAAUGACCAUCUUGUGUCGAAUUUGCAGUGUUUUGACAAUACUUUUGUGUAUGCAUUGGAUAGUUACUUGCAUUAUAUUCGUGGGGAUGAUGAUGGGAUGGAGGCGGUGGAUAGGGAGUUUAUGGGGAAGUUGGAAAGGGAGAGGGAUGCAGUGGCGGAAGGUGUGAAGGCAUUGGAGAAGGAGGUGGCAGAGAGGGAAGGGAGGUUGGAGGAAUUGAGGUUGGGGCCUUCGGCUAAGGAGGUUGUGGAGAAGGAGAGGGGGGUGUUGGAGGAGGAUGUGAAGAAAUUUCAUGCAAUAAUUGCAGAAUUUUCAGGAAGGAUUGCAUCAGUGGAGAAGAUUUUGGAGGAGAAGGAGAAGGAGUUGGGGGUGAAGGUUGAGGAGAAUAAUAGAAUUUGCGAGGAGAAUGAAGAGCUGAAGAAGAGGGUUGAGUUGCAGACGUUUAAUGCAAGAGAUGCAGAGAGGAUGAAGAGGGAGUUGCAGGCAGUUGAGAGAGAUAUCACGGAGGCUGAGGUUGCAAGGAAUGGUUGGGAGGAGAAGUCUUGGGAUCUUGACACGACAAUUGGGCACAAGUUUAAGGAGCUUGAAGCUCUUUCAAUUGAAUGCAACCAAGCUCUCAGGAGGUUAAAGUUAGGAAAUGGUUUGCAGUAUGUGUUGAAUGCCAAAGGGUCUUCGCCUGCUGAGGUUUUGGGAAUUGAUUACAAAGCAAAGCUUAAGCCUGCACUUGACUCCUUUGCUGAUGACAUAAAUAAAAGCUCUAUGUCAAAGUUGGAAGAGUUGAUUUCUCUUCAGCAACAAUCAGUUGAAAAUGCUGCUAAAAUUGAAGCAAAAAGAAAUCGUCUUGCUGCACUUCAAUCCAGCAGUGAUGAAGUGGAAGCUCAAUUAAUUUUUUUGAAGAAGGAAUCGCAAAACUACACCUCCAGAUGUGCAAUGGAAGCUAAGAAGUUAGUGGAGGAUGUUGAGAUAGAAACGCAUAAUGUAGAUAUUGUGGAAAGAGAAGUGGCAGAUGUUCUGGAGACGUCCAAAUUGAAGUUGCAGGAAGCAAUCAAGCAAAAUGAGGAAGAAAUUCAGAUAUGUGCUUGGGAACUCUGUGCUUUGGUUGAUUCAGUUUCAAAAUACAAAGAGCACAUGGCAUCAAAAAUUUCAGAGAUGAAGUGCAACCUUUCAGAAACAGCAGGAGCUGUAUCAGAUUCUUACAAAGGCUCCUUGUUAGCACAGUUUGGUAUCACUUUGGAUACAAACCACUGACCCAAUAGAUUAUUCCUUUCUGUGACACAAGUUCUUUUUCUUUUUCCUUUGCUUUUAGGGUAAUGGACUGAUUUGUAUUGUAUGUAUACUUAUCUUAAAUAUUUGGUAUUAUCAACUUGCCCUAUGGUAACAUAAAGAUGAGCCUAGGGUUGACAAUGGAGCAUGGGAUGGAUCUGAAGGUUGAAUGGAAAUUGUAUGGUAAACAAAGUUAUCUGAUUUUCUUGGAUGGAAAUCAUUGUCAUACCAACAGUCCCCAGUUUCUGGUGCACUACAUCAUUUUUGAUACAUUGAAGGAAAACUUCCAUAAGAUGUAGAACUUAUUUUAUCAAAUGGCUGACAUGUCAGCUCAUCAAAGGUUUAUGAAGUUUAUAAAUCAUGUAGGGAGAUGGAUAUUGUUUGCUACAGGCCUCACAAUUACUGGGAAUAGAGUACUCUUUUUCAUAUUUCUAGUUUUCACCUAUAUUAUCAAUAACAGGCUAAUAAAUUUCAUAAAGUUUGUGAAGUUGACAGUAAGCUGCUGCUUGCUUGCCUAUUUCUCUUUCCUUUUCUCUGAUUGGAGGUAAAUUUAAUAAAUUACUUGUGGCAGACUGCACUUGAUAAGGGUAAGAACUUGGAGCAAAUGGUAGAUGGAGUGCUUUCUGCUGAAGAUGUGAAUCAUGGAUCAGAAUUUGUCGAGUCAGUGGCAUCUCAGAUGAAUGAGCUAACAGUUACUCCUCCUUCAGAGACAAUAGAGUGUCUAAAUCCAGGGUGAGCUGCUCCUGAUAUUGAUAAAAGAAUCCGAGCAUUAAAAAAGAAGAUUCAGCUCACAGAAGCCCAACAGCAGAAAGCAUCACAACAAGAAAUGAACCCAGAGCAAUUGGACAAGAUGAUGAAACUGGAAGGUUGGUGAAAGGAGCUAAAGCUUUUGGAGGACAAAAAGGCAGAACUGGCAGCAUCAUGAGUUGAGGGGACCAUAUGCAAGUCUUUGCACUCACACCCACCCCAAGUGUGAUGGACGCUUUUUUGCUGUGAAGGAGGUUUUGUUGACUGAUCAAGGACGGGCCAGGCCGGGCAGCAAAGCAUUGAUCAACUUCAACAGGAGAUCUCUCUUUUGAGUCAGUUCCAACAUAAGCACGUAGUUCAGUAUUACGGCUCAUUCAAGGACAAGACCAAACUUUAUAUCUUUCUUGAGCUUGCAACUGAAGGUUCACUUUUAAAUCUCUAUCAAGAGCAUAAACUGUAGACUCCCAAGCCUCUAAAUACACCAGGCAGAUUGUGAAAGGUUUGAAAUAUCUACAUGAGCAUAAUGUAGUUCACAGACUGCUUGGUGAAGUGAAAAGUUCAACACUCCCACCUGCCCUCUUCCAGGAAAAGAAAAUGGAAAAACCAAAAACAAAAAGAAGAGUUAGGAUCAUGGAUGUUAAACAUGGUCAUUAUCUGAUAACUAAGAUGAGCCUACCCAAAGCCUUGGUGUAGAUAUAGAUAUCCCCAAUUUUCUGUGUACCUUAUAUUGUGUCUUCACAUGUGGGGUUUACGUUGUUUGUUUUGAGAUUAUUGUGUAUCUUAAUAGUUUAAUCCUUUCAUAAAACUCCAUGUCAAUUAUAAUAUGAGGUGUGGUCCAGUUACCAAAUAACAACCUCAUUUCUGCAUCAACUAUAAAGAACUCCAUUUCCAUUUGACUUCAUGCAAUUAGCUGUAUUAUAUAUCACUUUGUAUAUUCCGCCUCAGUGCUUGAUCUUGCUAUAAUAUCCUCUUUUUUUUUUUUUUAAUUUGUAAGUCAAAAUUUUCUUUAAAAGCAACAUAUAAGAAAAAAUACAUAAUGAUUCAAACUCUCUCUCUGUGAUUCACUUGAUUUGAGUGUCUCUUCAGGAGAGUUUUUGGGUCAUGAUUACAGAAUGGAAACCUGAAAAUUGAAAGAAUCCUAAUGCAAAAGCCAUUUACAAUGCUACAAACUCUCUCUCUCUCUCAUGUGAUUGAGAUGGUUAAUGGAAUAACUAGCAAGGCUAGAACCAUGGAGGGAUGUGAUCAUGGGACUCAGAAGUACCACCAGUAGGUCAUAAGGGAAAUUAGGCUUAUUCAUUUGGUCAUGCGCAACAAAGGCCAAUAAUUGCAUUGUUAAGAAGAGAUGGGUGGACAUUGGGAAUCAAUUGAGGUUACUUCAGGAAAUUAGACAUUUGGAAUGACAGUUGAAGCCACAAUGUUGUACAUUUACUUACACAUAAAUUGUUUCUGUUGUAAGACUAAUUGGUUCUGUAUCAUCUUCGAGGGAUAUCUGGUGGAUGUAAAUGGAACCGUGAAACUUGUGGAUUUUGGAUUGGCAAAGCUUUGCAAAUUGAAAGACAAAAUCUUUUAAAGGGACUGCAUUCUGGGUGGCCCCUGAGCAGGUGGUUGCGUCAGAAAAGGAAAUCACAUGAUUGAAUUGCCCGGCUAUUGGACUGGAGCUAUGCCAACUAACAAAUUGAUAAGUUGUUGUUUUCCAAACUGUUGCUCUUUCUAAGAUUUUAUCCUACAAGGCAUUUAGUCGAUGCCAUGUCUUAUUACCAAUGCAUUUUGAUUUAGCAUCAGUCAUCAGUAUCUUUCUGUACAACUGCCAAUAUACUGACACUAAUAGAUGCAUGGAACCACUGAAUGCUCAAUUGAUGAGGAUUUUCCAUUCAAAUCUGAGAA